AUCAAAUUCGCGCUUCUUCUUCCCGGAAGUAAGCCGUGAACAUAGAAAGGUGACUCUUUCAUCUCUUUGGAUGGAAGAUUCUGCUAAAUUCUCCGGCGGUUUCUCCGACAGCGACGACGAAGAACCUCAAGGAAGCAGCCUUUUCGUGCUACUAAAACCCUACUGCUUAGAGCUUCUGGAGGUUUUACAAAACCCUAACAAGCACUCCUCUGCCAUCCCUGCAUUGCUUGAAUUGCUUCGCAGUUCUCCGCCCGAUGCUCUUCAGCCCUUCUUCGACUACACCUUGUUCCCUUUGCUGCUUCUACUGGAUGCAGCAGUUGAAUGUAGAAAGUCGCAGAAAAAUGUUUCUACAGAGGAACUUCUUGGGCCACAUAAAGUGAGUGAUAGAGUAGCUGAAGGUGCGCUUCAGUGUUUGGAGGAGCUUCUGAAGAAGUGUCAUAUAGGAUCUGGGGAACAGAUGGUCAUGGUGUUGAAGAAGCUAACUUACGCAGCUUUACUUUCUCCAUCUGAGGCUGCAGAAGAGUUUCGUGAAGGAGUGAUAAAGUGUUUUAGGGCUCUGCUUUCCAAUAUACUUCCCUGUUCAAACAAGUCCUGCUCAUGUAAGGAAAUUCAUGAUUUGCCUAUGCUCUUAGAAAGUAGAGAUCUGCAAACUACUCCAACUGGGCCUUCUAAGCAUGAUUCAGAACAGGGAGAAUGUUUACAUGCAUUUUUGCGGUCCCAAGCUGCUUCUGCUGCUGUUGGACACUGGCUGUCACUUCUUCUCAAAGAGUGCUUAUGCGUUUUGGUUGUUGAUGACACUGAAGAAAUUGCAGCAGCUGCCCAGGAAUUUAUGGAAUAUUUAUUCUCCUCGACUGGAAAACACUUUGUAGAACAUGACAUUGCUGAGAUCUUUAGCAGGCUUGUUGAAAAGCUUCCAAAGAUGGUUCUUGGGAGUGAUGAAUCACUUGCGCUGUCACAUGCUCAACAAUUACUUGCAGUCAUAUAUUAUUCUGGUCCUCUAUUCGUGUCAGAUCAUCUUCAAUCUCCUGUUAUGGCUGCCAGAUUCUUGGAUAUUUUUGCCCUCUGUUUAAGUCAGAGUUCAGCUUUUACUGGUUCUCUUGACAAGCUUAUUUCAGCAAGGCCAUCCUCCAUAGGAUACCUUCACUCAGUUGAUGAGUUGAAAGCUGGCUUGCAACUUACAAGUGAUCACAAGACCCUCCUUGGUGCUGCUUCAUCUAAGAGUCCAAAGCGCAUAUAUAUUCAGGAAGAUGGAAUGCAAGACAAAACAGAAAUUAUUCAGAAAAAUUAUAAGCUUCCACGUAUGCCCCCUUGGUUUGUUUAUGUUGGCAGUCAGAAGCUUUACCAGGCUCUUGCAGGAACUCUUAGACUAGUAGGUUUAUCUUUAAUGACAGAUUUGAAAACUGAGGGGCAUUUAUCAGUCAUUACUGAUAUUCCGUUGGGUUGCCUGCGUAAAUUGGUAUCUGAGGUUCGUGUCAAAGAAUACAAUAAGGAAAGCUGGCUGUCUUGGUACAAUCGAAUUGGCUCAGGGCAGUUACUUCGUUAUUAUUGAUGGUAUAGGCAUCUUUGCUUUGUGCCUUGGAAGAGAUUUUGCUUCUAGUGGAUUUCUUCAUUCAUCUCUCUAUUUGUUACUUGAAAAUCUCAUAUGUUCGAAUUUCGACAUUCGAAGUGCUUCUGAUUCUGUUUUACAUCUUCUUUCUAGCACAUCUGGCCAUUCAUCAGUUGGGGAACUAGUUUUGGCAAAUGCGGAUUAUGUAAUUGAUUCUAUAUGCCGUCAAUUACGACAUUUGGAUCUUAACCCUCAUGCACCAAAUGUGCUUGCUGCUAUGCUUUCCUAUAUUGGAGUUGGUUACAAAAUAUUGCCUCUGUUGGAGGAACCGAUGCGUUCUGU